AACGAGUUGAGCUGCCUCUCCUACUACUCCUUGUCCAAUUUUUCCUCUUUCGACAUACAAUGAGCGACUGGUGGGACGACUUCUCAAACAACCUUGCGACCGAUCUCGGCCCUCUCAUUUCUCUGUUUGGAGAGACGCCAACGAAGCAAUAUCUCAGCGAGUGUUUGAGUCUAAUUGAUAUCAUUAUCUUUGCCUCAUGCCCUCUUGGAAUCCUUACGGCGGUGGUGUCGGCUAUUCGUGUCUGCGGUACGCCAUCUCUUCGAGCCUUCAUUGGGCGAGCCCAGGAAGGGGGAGGAAGCGCUGAAGCCGAGCUAUGUUCAUCCACAAGUCGCGACGUCUGUGAGUUGUACAAUAAUGGUGGCAUAGCCCGAGUGUUUGGUCGACCAAAGCUGCUCGAAUUUGUCCACAUCACUAAGCCUCCGGAUGAGGAUUUCUAUCUCCCAGGGAGUGAAACACCAACCGCAGGGAUUCAUGCGUCCAAAGAAUACUUCGACAAACUAGGAGAAGGCAAUGAAUGGAUAGAGCUUGGAAGCACCAAUGCGUCAGAUCAAGAAAACCAAAAACCGAAGACAGAGCUCAACUUCGCUCCUAAUCCGAACCUCUCUCUCAAUGUAGGGAUUAAACCUCGACACCAAAUCUGGUUUAUCUUCGCUGCCGCUCUCGGGGUAGCGUUGCAAUGUGCUGUACUACUCUGGGCUUUAAUCGCGCGGUACACCCUGCACUUGCUAAGGGACGGCUCGGAAGAUUACUACGCUGUCCCAAUGACGAUUAUUGGAACAGUGUUACUAUGUAUAGGAAUGGCCUUCUGUGCAUCUCUUAUUGAGAGGAGCACAGAUGAAAGAGUUUUUCAAAGGAAGCCGGCUCACGGUGUGGUUGAAAAAACUUCAAUCUACUGGGUGCAACCAGGAAACCAACAUGUUGGCGAUCAAGUCUUUGAUUCUUUCGCAUACACCGGAAAUAUCGACCGCUAUACGACCUCUUGGAAAAAGAAAAAUGAUACUAAAAUGGUUCUCGUUUGGACAUCGGUGUCGACUACAAUGGUUGGGUUCUUAGUGCAGUUCUUAGGCUUACGAGCUUGUCAUUCUUCAGUCGCAGUAGCACAACUGGGUGCUAUACUGUUGAUGAGCUUUGUUCGAGCAAUGCUUCGUACAGAACGAUUAAAAAAAGAUGAAAAUCUUUUUAAUCACAACUCUGAACAGCCAGACUUAUACCAGGGUCAUGAGCUUGACCAGCUCGCUUUGUGGCUUGGAGGAGACAGUCCAAAACCUGGAAACCCCCCAUGCACCUUAAACUGGCAUGUUUCGGCUUCGCACAAUCUACAUGAAGCACUGCAGAAAGAGUAUGAAAAAGGAAUCUUACCAACUCGACCGGAUUUACACACGAAGCCUGCUACGAGGUACUUCUACUUCAGGGCCCGACUUGGAGAGCUGACUGGACUUAACCCAGUCCCAGCCCAAGGAAGUAGUGCUUGGGACGACCACCAAAUAGCAGUACGUCAACUUGCGAAAAACGUCGCUCAGGCGGUGGAAAAGACCAUACAAAUUCUUUUCGAUGAAAGAUCCGCAACGCCUGUUGUGCUUUCUGAAGAACGGAAAAAAGCCACUGUUCUUUUUUGGCCUCUUCCAUGCAUGACUUACUCGACCAAGGAAGCAGAGGACUGCCUAGUUUACUUGUCACUGAAGCGGGAGAAUUCGAACUCCGGGGUGCCGCAAAACUCUUGGCGAGCAAAUAUUUCCGAGAUCGAGGCAGCUCUCGGGCUUUGGCUUUGGUCUUUGAAGUGCCGAAUGAGGCAGAGAGCUGACAGCAAAGACGACCGUAAGACUCGAUACGAGCAGGGGUUUAGCCGGCUUCUUUCUCUGGAUCAAAAUGACGAGAUCGAUUUCGAAUUUUGGCGGAGGAAGGGGGACAACGCGAUCAGAAAAUCCAGAUUGACAAUGACUUCCUCCUUUCGGGACAGCUCUACGCAGGGAAAGCCAAUUCAGCCACCCGAGAGUCCGAGCCAUAGUGGACGACCGCUUUUUGGUUGGCACCUUGUGCCCGCAAACCACACUCUCCAAGGCGGCGUCGACGUGCUGGAAAUUUCAACUACGAGUUCGCUCGCUAAAGCUUGCGCCCAAGAUAUCUACUCAUUGUUUCUGCUGGCAGCUCUCACUAUGGUCGAGAAUAUUGGAGGUAAAACCUUGAUUGAGUCACCAUCUCUUCUUCAAGUAAACGGCAAUGUGUCAUCGAUUUUGGAAACAUUCACUACCAGUGGAUUGGGCUCUACUGGAGAUGCCUUCAGUUGCAUAUUGCCUGCCCUAAAAUGGCGUGGCCUGCUACCAAGAGUCGAGGAUGCGUUUUCUCAUGCCAGGACUGAGGCCGGACGACUGGUCAAAGCGAAGGAAUGGGAUAAGGCGAAGAAGUUACUUCUUUGGGUCAUUACGCACUCUACAACGCCAAAUGUUCAGUCUGAACCGAGUGAGCUGGAAAACCACAUUGAAAAGGACUGGAAUGAGUACCGUCUCUCUCUCCUACAACUUUGCGAAUGCUACCGAAAAGCAUCGCUUUCUAUUAACUUUGACAGUAUUGGAAUCGAGGGAAUGUCGACACUGCUAGAGAAUCACAUUAAUCGACUGGACGGAAUAGGGCUCACCAUGCAAACAUCGCUCAAGGCUCAAGAUCUUCUUGCUGAUGCGCUUCGAUGUUAUGGCCAAGUCGCAUUGGCAUACGCGCGUGAACAUUCCAUGACAGGAAUGGUCGGCAAACUAGAAGGCCAGUUACGUAAUGCACAACACACGUCUAUCAUUCCAAAUACCGGGCUUUACGAAGCCGUCAGGUCCCGUAGAUUCGCUACGGCUUUAUAUCAUCUAGACGAUGAAACAAACUCGGAUGGUCCUUUCCCUAGAACCACACUGUCUUACGCUGCAGAGUGGGGAUGGUAUCCUGUUGUUCAGAAUCUUGUUGAAAACGGCUCACCAGUAGGGGAAAGAGAUACACUUGAUCGUACUCCACUAUCGUACGCUGCAGCAAAUGGAGACCAAAACACUUUCAGCUUCCUCCUAGACAAGGAUUCAUUUCCCGACUCCGCAGACAAACAAAAACGCACUGCGCUCUCCUACGCCGCAGAGAACAAUCACCUUGUCGUUCUGGAGAUGCUUCUUAAAGACCAGAGAGUUAAUGCUGAACUCGAAGAUGAUGAGGGUAGAACGGCUUUGUGGUGGGCAGUACGACGUGGCCACGAAAAAGCAGCGCAUGUCUUGCUGCAGAAAAGCCGAGUGAAGUCAACAGAGUCUUCAGAUCACGGGAAACUCCUCCAUUGGGCAGUUGUUCAUGGUAUGCAAAGUAUUGCCGAACAAAUCAUCAAAAGCGGUGUCGAUGUCAAUGUGCAGGGAAAUUAUCGAAACAUUAGCGCACUCGAGGCUGGAUCGGCUGCAGGCCACGAGAGUAUUGUUAAAUUAUUGCUCUCCAAAGGCGCUGAUCCAAAUAUCCAUGGGGGAACUUUUACGAGUCCGCUAGAAGCUGCCAAAGCUUUGGGACACGAAACAAUUGCUAAAAUGCUUCUAGAAUCGAAAGCCGAUCCUUGUAUUAAAGUGGAUACUUGGAAUAUUCAAGAUAUGUUACAGCGAGAAUCCGGAAAAGGGAAUGAAUCUAUCGUCCAUAUUUUGCUCGACAAAGGUGCCGACGUCAACGCGCAGGUCUAAGGGCUAUGAGAAGAUCGUUCAGAUACUACUCGAUAAGGGUGCCGACGUCAACGCGCAGGGCGGCAAGUACGGCAAUGCUCUCCAGGCUGCUUCUUCUGAGGGCCACGAGAAGAUCGUUCAGAUGCUACUCGACAAGGGUGCCGACGUCAACGCGCAGGGCGGC